GUUCCAGUAUUCAAAAUAAUGGACGUACGUCGGAGUCCGAUCAACCAGAGAAGAAGCUUGAUAGUGAGAUUGAUAUGCUAAUGGCAGAGGAAAUUUAAUAGGUUUUAUCUUGGCAUCAUAAAGCUCUCCUUGCAUAUGUGUGAGUUACUAUAUUAAUUUCCAUGUGCAUUAAUUUAUCUGCUUAUAUUAUUCAUUGUUCUGGUUGUUUAGUUUAAGGAAAUGAAACACAAACGAGAGUGUAGCGUUUCCUCUAUAAUAUUGGAGUUGCUUUUGCAUUUAUAUUAUUGGAAAUGUGAGUCAUCUUUCGAUAUAGUUUCGCAGAACAUCGAAAAUCAGGUUGUUUUUGUGUAUUAAUGGUGUAAUAUAUGGAUUAAUUUGUUUGGUGCUGCAGACAUAUAUCUCAUUUUUUUUUAAAAUUGUUAUGGUUUAAUCACAUUCACCAAGACAAUAGUGAUUAAAGUCUAGUCGAAGUAAUGCAACUGUACCUUGUGAAUUUAAUUUGAUAUAAUUCAUUAGAGGAGGCAUAUAUGUCUACGGAUUUAUUGUCACUCUUAGCUGCUAUUGGCUAUCAGUUAUCACCCGCGUCCAAUUUCAGGUAUGUUAUAUGGUUUUGAAAUCUCAUAAAAAUUGCACCAGCCAAAAGAGGAAACUGUAAAGAAUAUCAAGCAGCAGGUACUGAAAAAAAUAAUAAUAAAAAACAGGGGAUAACCAGGGAAGAAAGCACUAAUCUGAGGAGAGGAUAAUCAACAAUUGAGCCCCCCUCAAAACUUGAGGUGGAACGAGUAUAAGGACUCCCAAAAACGUGAACAAUGAAAAGUCAAAAGUACAAGCAUAACACUCUGUAAUGAAAGAUCUGUACCGAUCAGACUUGGUCUGAAGGGGUGUUGGGUGAAGUCAACCGCUACAUGUGAAAACGAAGCUGUGGUGUUGUAAGAAAAUUACAGGGCUUGUUUGGCGAACAACUGCCUUGAUGGGAAAUCAACCGUCCAACGAUGCAAAUAAGGGAAAAACAUCCAAUCCUCCUAAAACGAAUGGAAAACCAUCUGAUCCUCCUAAAAACAAUAAUGGAAAACCAUCCGAUCUUCCUCAAAACAAUAAUGAAAGUUCAUCCAAUCCUCAAAAAAAUAAUGAAAUUCAAUCUGAGCCUCCUCAAAACAAUGAAACUACAUCAUCCGAUCCUCCACAAAAUAGCAGGCCUUCGUCUCCAAGACAUCAACCAGAGAAGCAGCUUGAUAGGUGGUAUUCAAGGAUUCCAGACAACUAUAAUUCAAUACAUGAGGUUGCUGAAUCUCUGAAACGUGCUGGUCUCGAAUCUUCCAACCUAAUUGUGGGAAUUGAUUUCACUAAGAGCAAUGAAUGGAGAGGGGAGAAGUCGUAUGGUGGUCAAAGCUUGCAUCACACUGGAAAUGGUCUGAAUCCCUACGAACAAGCAAUAUCUAUUAUAGGCGAAACUUUAGCGGCUUUUGAUGAAGACAACUUGAUCCCAUGUUAUGGAUUCGGAGAUGCCUCAACCCACGACCAGGAUAUAUUUAGUUUAUCUCAAGAUGGCAGCCCUUGCAAAGGAUUUGAGGAAGUGUUGAGCCAUUAUAGAGCCAUUCUUCCACAUCUGAAUCUGGCAGGUCCAACAUCUUUUGCACCAAUAAUUGAAAUGGCAAUGACUAUUGUUGAGCAGAGUGGAGGACAGUAUCAUGUGCUACUCAUUAUUGCAGAUGGACAGGUUACUAGAAGUGAUGAUACUGAAGAAGGCAAUUUAAGUCCGCAAGAGAGGAAGACUGUUCAAGCACUUGUUGAAGCUAGCAAGUUUCCGUUAUCGAUUAUUUUGGUUGGUGUUGGAGAUGGCCCGUGGGACAUAAUGGAGGAAUAUGACGAUUAUGUCCCUGCUCGUGACUUUGACAAUUUUCAGUUUGUUAAUUUUACAGAGAUUAUGUCCAAAGAUGUGGACCAGUCUAAAAAAGAGGCAAAAUUCGCUCUUUCAGCAUUGAUGGAAAUUCCUUCCCAAUUUAAAGCAACAAUGGAGCUUAAUUUGUUAGGGUAA